AUGAGCGUUAUACCUGUCGUGACUCCCGGCUACCAGGUUCUUCGCCCAAUUUCUGUCGAAGACAAAAACCGCGGCUCGGCGAACCUGGUGCUGUCAACACCAUCUAAACAAAAGCGCAGCGGCGCGAGAGACGAAAUUUCUCCUGGGGCCUGCGAGGGUCGUUGGUUCACGCUUGCUUCCACUUUCUCCUGGGGCGGUUUAGCCUCCCACGCGCCCGCGUGCCUGCGCCACAGCUACCGCCACUUCAACGCCUGCGCCCGCCGCCACGGCUGCCAACAUUCCGCCAACGCUGCCGCUACUACUGCCACAAUCGCCGUCGCCAUCGCCAUCUCUACCGAGGUUACCCAAGGGCCUCAAGUGACUAGUCCAGAAAUAUCCAUUAAAGGUACGUUGCCUUGGGAGCCUUUACCUAUUCAAUUCUGUGUGACUGGACGUGCGAACAGCAGUAGUAAGUUGCAUGUUUACUAUGGGUUCAUGCCUUUGUUUUAA